UUUUUUCUUUUGAACGACUGAAUGGUAAGGUAAGGAGCCUGUCAAACUGAUAUACUACUAAGCUAUCAAAUUGACUUUAAGUCUUUCUCCCCAAAAUUAAAUUCAUUAAUUGGUUUCUUUGAAUUUUCAUAUCUUCUUUACCUUAGUUAUUUCUUUCAACUGCAUGCAUCCAUUUUUCUCUCAAACUAGCUAGCUAGCUUGCAUCAUCGAUCCAUGACAAUAUUGCAAAUAAUUAUGCUGCUGCUGAUCUUCAUGACUAGUACAGUUAGUGUUGGAAAUGCUCAAAAUGACCUCUGUCCCUUCCAUCUAUCUUAUGCACAUAACAACAUGAAUCAGAGGAUUAUUGAAUUUCCAGCACUUCCAGCUCCGGUAAUUAAGGCUCCUCGUCGACCGCAUAGACUGUGGAACACGAGAUAUAGUGCUAAAAGAUCCCGACAACUGUCUUCCUAGACUCUUACUAAGUCACAACUUCUCAUUAUUUUAUCCUUUACAAAUAGCCUACUGGCAGGAAAGCUACAAUAUUACUUUCUUCGAUUGUCCUUCAGUUCGAUUGUCUUGCCCAAUUUAUAUCGCCGAAUCUAGCGAAAGUAUACUUGAUUUGGACCUUUUUCAGUGCACCAAAAUGUUUGAUCAAGUAUUGCGAGUAUAUGCGUUAAAUAUUCGACAAAAUUUACUCCGGUUGAAAUGGCUGAAGAAGAAUUUUGGCAGCGCGUGCUUAAAGUGUGAAAUCAAAUCAAAGAAGAUACCUUGGUCCAAAAUUUUUAUCGCUGCAGGUGUAGUUGUUGGUUCAUCUGUGCUGGUGUUUUUACUAGGUGUCAUCAUUCGAACAUAUCACUAUUUUAGGACAAAAAGCGGUGAUCAGACAAGGGUCGAUAAUUUUUUAAAGGAUUACAGGGCUAUGGAGCCAACCAGAUUCUCUUAUGCUGAUAUCAAGAGAAUCGCACACCAAUUUAAGGAAAAGCUUGGUGAAGGAGCUCAUGGAGCUGUCUACAAAGGAAAACUAUCCACCCAAAUUCUGGUUGCUGUGAAGAUCCUCAACAACACAGAGGCAGAUGAUGGGACAAAUUUCAUCAAUGAAGUGGGAACCAUGGGCAAAAUCCACCAUGUCAAUGUUGUUCGCUUGCUUGGCUUCUGUGCUGAUGGGUUUCACAAAGCUCUAGUUUAUGACUUUUUCCCAAAUGGAUCACUGCAGAAUUUCAUCUCUGCACCAAACAAGGAUAAUAACACCUUCCUUGGAUGGGAAAAGUCACAAGAAAUUGCUCUAGGCAUAGCCACAGGAAUUGAUUAUCUUCACCGAGGCUGUGAGCAAAGAAUUCUUCAUUUUGACAUCAAUCCUCAUAAUGUCCUACUUGAUGAAACUUUCACUCCAAAAAUCUCAGACUUUGGUUUAGCAAAGUUGUGUUCCAAAAAUCGAAGUACUGUGUCAAUGACGGCAGCCAGGGGAACCCUAGGCUACAUGGCACCGGAAAUUUUUUCUAGAAACUUUGGCAAUGUGUCUUACAAGUCUGAUAUCUACAGCUAUGGGAUGUUGUUGCUAGAGAUGGUUGGAGGAAGAAAGAAUAUUGUGAACACAAGUCAAGAAAAUAAUAAUGUACAAGUUCUGUAUCCAGAUUGGAUACACGGAUUGCUUGAAGGAAGGGACAUGCAUGUCCCUAUUGAUGAAGAGGGUGAUUUUGAAAUUGCAAAGAAACUGGCCAUUGUGGGACUUUGGUGCAUCCAAUGGAAUCCUUUGCAUCGUCCCUCCAUGAAGUCUGUAUUACAGAUGCUCCAAGGAGAGGGAGGUAAGUUAAAAGUUCCCACCAAUCCUUUCCAGCCAAAAGCCUCUACUAGUACAAGCACUAAUACUACUGUUGCUGAAAAACGUCUGAAUUUAGAGUUGGAAGUGAUUCAAGAACUGGAUUGACUACAGAUUUUUAUUAUUUAGCUAUUCAUUAUUGUCACUGGCUUAUUAGUUUUUAGCAAUAUGCUAGUUUGUCAAUUUAUUGCAUAUUUCAUAGUAUUUAAACUUCGAAUGUAACUUGAAAAUUUCAGUAUUAGUGUGGGGUUUUCCCAUACAGUUUUUGGGAUAAUUGGCUACUUGAUAUGAUAUCAGGGUCUCUAUGAGUGAAUGGUUUAGAGUUUGAUC